AGAAGACAUUUCCUCAGAUCGACCCCCCUCGCGAGAGAAAGAGAGAGAGAGAGAGAGAGAGAGAGAGAGCGAGAGGAGCCUCGGCCGCCAUGGGAUUCAUCAUGGAGUUCGCGGAGAACCUGAUCCUGCGGCUGAUGGAGGACCCGGAGCAGCGCGACGAGGCGCAGCGGGCGCACGUCUACCGGAUGAAGGAGCGGUGCGAGCGCACCAAGGCGGCCUGGGCGCUCCCGCUCCGCCCCUACGGCUUCUGGACCUUCGACCGCUUCAACUCCCAGCUCUCCUGGGACCCCCAGAUCAGCCAGGCCGCCGGCCGCCGCGACCCCUACGACGACCUCCUCGCCCGCCACGCCGGCCCCGCCCCGCCCUCCUCCUCCUGAGAACCGAAUCCGGCAUCAACCGCGAGGAAGUGUGGUUGCACCGGAUCUACGCGGGCAGCAAUAAGGAACUCAUUUCCCUCAAAAUGACUGUGAUUGCAUUCCCUUCUGGUUCAUUUUUAUCCUUGAACUGCCCCAGUUGGUUCAUCUGCUGAGUGGUUACUUUGACAAACUUCCUGUUCGGCAAGAUACCUGAAAUGCUUUGUAUCUGUUGAUUUUCAGUCUUUGUACCAUGAAAGCUUUCAAUAAUCUCACUGUGCACAUGUUUUUCCUUUUGGUA